CCAGAAGAGGAAAGGAAACUAUUUUAAAAACUCGGCCAUUACAAAGAAGAAGUUUUUCUUUUUACCUGAAGAGUGACCACUCAGAUUUUAUUGAGAAUUUUGUUAGAGAAUAACAAUCGUCACCUAAUCCCGAUUAUCUACCAAAGGAUUAAAAGGAUUUUCCAAGUUCGUUGGAUUUACCGAAUUUGCCCAAUCUUGUGAUUUGUUUUUCUCUCAACUUUUUAUCUCUCAUCAUUCUCAUGGUUCUUCAUCUUUUAUCAUCUUAACCAUCAUCAGCAUCAUCAUCUUAUUGUGUCUUAUCUUCAUCUCUUUUCUCCCUGUGUGUGAACGCAACGGUUAUUUGGUUUAUCUCAAUUUCUACAUUAUCAACAAAGGAACAACAUGUUGAUAGGUUAACCUUGGAUGACUUUUCUCUCUCUCUCUCUCUCUUUUAGUGUCUCUUUUGUUGGACGAUAAUGUCACUUGCGUUAGAAAAUAUUUCGACUUUUUGACCGCUUCUCUUGGAUUUGCUUUCUCUCUCAUUUUCUGUGUGUGUUCAAGACGAAAAGAGAGAAAAAUAAAGAGAGAGAGAGAGAGAGAAAAAAAGAAAAAAACUAUUUUUUUGUCCUCCCUGUUUUCUUCAUCAUCAUCGUUUCAACUUCUUUCCAGAUCUUCUUGUCUUCUUCAUCUUCACCAUCAUCAUCAUCUCUCUCUAGUGUCUCUCUCCCUUUCUCCCUUAUCGUCCCUCCUCUUUCUUCCCGUCACCCGUGAUGCCUUGUCAACUAUCGGGCUAACAUUUUCCAACUUUGUUAGCUUAGUCCCUUGACUCCACCCAAACUUUUUCUUUCUUUUUUUCUUUUUCAUCUCAUCCUUACCUCUCUCUCUCUCUCUUUUUCUGUGUUGUGAUUAACCACAUUGCAAUCAACUUCUUUAGGUUUAAUAAUAAUUACAUGUCAUUAAUAUCUCAUUAUAUUGUUUACUUCUUAUCCCUUUUCAAUUUCAUCUUUUUCCAUCAAUUUGUAUCAUCAACGUUUUUUUUUCUUCAUCUUUUUUUUUCUUCGCCUUCAAAUUAACCUCAUCUCUCUCUCUUACCUUUGGAUGUUAAAACAGUGAAAGAUAAACAGAAAGCCAACACCAAAGAAAAUGAGAAUAAUCUUUUCUCCUCAAUGUCAACGAUCAUCAUCACAAUUUAAUUUCAUCUUAUUACCAGAAGAAAACAAUUAUCUCCCAAUGGUAAUCAUGGACUGUGAUUAAUUCAACAACAUUUCAAAUCAAAUCAACAAACAAAACAAAACAAAACAAAACAAACCUCAUCUCUCUCCAUCUUCAUCUUCAUCAUCAUCAUCUCUCAAAUCAGAGUAACAAAACAAGAUCAACAACAAUCUACCAAUUGGAUAGUGUUAUUAUUAUUUAAUCAUCAUCUCUAAUAAUACAAUUUCUGUGCCUUCAAAUUACUUUGAUUAAAAUCGUUUUCUCAUUAAUCUCUUUGUGAAACCUUCACAACAACAACAACAACAACAUUUUCCUCCAUCAUCAAUACUGUUCACCUUUUUGUUUAUUAUUUUGUUUCUCAUGUUUUCUGGUUAAUUUGUUUUUCUUUUCUUGCUUCCAUUUUUUUAAUUGUUAACCAAUGAACUUACCACCACCUCGAUCAUUACAAUCAACUCGACUGCCAUUAACUGCCAUGGCCACAGAUACAAGUGAUAUAAUCAAACAAGGAUACCUCAAGUUAAAGUCUAAAACUGUUGGUGUUUGGCAGAAACGUUGGAUUAUCUUGAGACGAGCUUCAAGCAAAGGUCCUUGUCGAAUUGAUAAAUUUCUUGAUGAAAAAUCAGCUCGAACCAAUUGCUCAUGUAAAACAAUCAUAUUAACCAAUGUAUCAAAUGUUUCUCGUCUCUCAAUAACCCACCGGAAGCAUUCAUUUGCUAUUAGUUUCAAUCCAAUUAAUUGUAAAUUGUUUGCUUGUGAAUCAGAUCUUGAAGCUGAUACUUGGGUUAAAUUGUUAACACAGGAAUGUUUAGUGCCACAACCGGGAUUAGCGACCGGUGAACCCGAUAUUCUGAGUCCUGGAAUACAAAAAGAGCUACAAGAACAGUUUCAUGUUUAUCUUAUGCCAACACCCAAAUUAGAUGCUUUCGGUGAAUGUUUACUUCAAGUAACCCAUGAACAUAUUUAUCUAUGGGAUGUGAUCAAUUCAAAGAUUAAAUUAGCUGCUUGGCCAUUAACGGCACUUCGUCGAUAUGGAAGUGAUCCAACUAAAUUUACUUUCGAAGCUGGAAGACAUUGUGCCACUGGUGAAGGAAUGUUCGUCUUUCAUACCCUCGAGGGUGAAAAAAUUUACCGUAAAGUCCAUCAAGCAACUCUUGCAAUCGCCGAAGCUCAUUACAAGACAAGUCGAUCAACGAAAGAAUGUUCAACUUCAAGCCGAUUCGUCCAACAUUGCCUUUAGAAGAAUUCAUAUUAUUAUUAUUAUUAUCGUUCUUAUAUAAAAUGUUCGGAAAACAAAGAGGAAAAAGAAGAUGAAAUUUGAACAUUUUGUACAUAAGAGAAGACGAAAGAUGAUUUUUAUCAAUCAAUUUUUCUCCCCUGAAAGUUUUUUACUUCUCAAGAAGAAUUGGAUUGAUACAAUUGGAAUCAUUUAGAUUAACGAUCAGAUGAAGAACUUUUUUUCUUUGGAUUUCAACGAUUAAACAUUUUCUCUUCAAUUCGAGAAUAAUAAUGAUACAGUAAAUGGACAAAGUAAAUGGUCAAGAAGGAGGAGAAGGAGAGUCAGAGAUAAUGAAGAGAACAAUAUUUUCUCCGAGUAAAUGAAUUGGAUUUGGGCGAACCAUUUAAAAGUCUUUUGCCUUAUAAUCUAAUCGUUGAUUAUCAUCAUUAUGGAAAGAAUAAUAAUAAUAAUAGUAGAAAAGAGCAGAAAAGAAUCAAGGAGCAAUUAAAGAAGGAGAAUAAAUUAUAUUCAUACCAAUGACCAUCAUCAUCAACAUUUUUCUUCCAUCAUCAUCAUUAUCGUUGUUUCUCUUUCCAUUAACAUAAUUGUCAUCAUCAUGAUCCAUGGUAGAGAAUCAACAAUCUUCCUCUCUUCCCACUCCCUCAAUUUAAAUGUAAUGAUUGUUACAUUUGAUUCCAUCUCUUCAUCAUGAUCAUCAUCUAAUCUUCUGAUUGCCAUUUCCUUUUUUUUUCUUAAAUUCUAUCCUGCUCUUCAUCAUCAACUAAUCACCAAAUUGAUGAGUCAAUUUUCAUCCUCAUCCUGAGAUUAUUUAAUCUCUUGAACAUUUAAACUCCAUCAUAAUUUAAACUAAAUCAUAGAUACAAACGGAGACCAUUAACUUAAUUAUCCAUCGACAGAUCAAACUGAAACUCUAAUGAUAAAAUGAUCAAUUGUCAACUUUUUCUAUCUUAUUGACAAUUAUCUUCUCUUUCUCUAUCAAUUUCUCCAUCAUCCUCAUCAUCCUCAUCUUCACUCUUUGUUAUGUGCACACAACAAUCUGUUCAAAACUUUAAACGAAAUCCCUUCGAUCGUAACAAUCGAACCGCCAUCACGACAACUACACUUUCGAUGUAGUAAAAGUUUUUAGAUACUUUUUUUCGUCUUCUUACCUCAUUGACCUGGAAGAGAAGUUUAAAUCUUCCAAAUUGAAUAUUAUGUAAUAAUAUUAUUUUCCUGCCCCACCAAUUAAAUGAACAAUCAAUUCUGUAAAAACAAAAACAAUCAAAUUGGUCACAACAAUUGAAUUUACAAAUAAAUCAAUGGGAACAAAUUUUCUUACCACAAUUAAGACAA